GUAGGCAGGGAGGUAUCGGUCAGUCAAAAGAAGCAGCAGCAGGUUUAGCAGGGCAGAUCAUAAGUGAAGAAGGGAAACGAGUGGAUUAUCAUAUCAAGGUGCAAGAACUAGCACAGGAUGUGAUGCUAGCAGUGGAGCUGCGGUGUCACUGCAUCCAGAGCGUCACAGGGUUAAUGUUGCUAAAGCACCUGGCCAAUGUAGAAAUCAUCCCUAAGGGCCCACACUGCAACACUAUGGAAAUCAUAGCAACACUGAAGAACAGACAGCAAAUCUGUUUAGAUCCCCAGGCCAAAUGGGUGAAGAUGAUAAUUAACAGGAUUCUACACAG